CAACAAUAGUAAUCAUGUCGCGAGGUCUACUACGACUUCGGUUUCCCCGGCCGAGGACCUUCCUCGGCUUCAUGUCCCUCCAAACCGGCACUGAGCUGAUCGCCCUCUCGCUCGUCUUCAACCGCAUCACGGGCAUCUACGGCAUCCUGGCCCUCUUCACCGGCUUCCCGCUCUCCUUCCUGCAGAUCUCGCUCUACCUGCUCUCCCUCCUCGUCGUCGGCUCGCUGGCGUACCUGAUCCCGCACAUCCGACAACAAUCGCCCUUCCAGAACCUGGCGCUCGCUUUUCUGUACGGCAUCGACACCCUCCUCAACUUUGCCUACGUCACCUUCUUCGCUACGACCUGGUAUCUGAGCCAGUUCCACGACCCCCAGGGCCCUGCGAGCAAGGGCGACAUUCCCGAGAGCGCGAGCCCGUCGAAUGGCGAGGGAUACGAGCACGAUGAUGCGCAGAAGAAUCAGCUGGAGAAGGCGGUGGGUGUGCAGGAAUCCGCGGCUAGCAUGUGCCUCGUUGUCGGGUUCACGCUGAUCAGGAUCUACUUUGCGCUGGUGGUCUGCGCGUAUGCCAGGGCGGCGGUGCAGAGAUAUGUGGACAUGAACAGCGGAUGGGCUGGUGGUCCCCUGGGUUCUGGGGAGGUUGAUGAUGAUAAUGGCAAGGAGGAGGGACACGCGGCGGAUCCGUUUGUGGAGGGCGCGCCGCUGGGUGAAGGGUGGCAGGGCAAGAUGGGCCGGAUGAUGGUCGGGUUUGGGAGGGGGUAUUGGUUGGGAGGGAGGAAGGAGGACGAGGAGUGGGCGAGGGAGAUUGGGGGGCGGUCGAGGGGUGGGAAAUACUCUAGGGUAUAAGGCUGAGACUUGCGAAGGUUUCAUUUUGAGCCUUCUUUGCUAGAGGACGCCGAGUUAUCGAGGAGCUCGAGAAGCUCGAGGCUCCAUGGUUGGCUUCCCGUUUCAAGCCCUUAUUGAACGACGACAUAGCGAGCAAUCAUCCGGCAUACGACACAGCAUGCAUGCACGGCAUAGACGAGGCGUUGGCCGCGACAGCGAAGCGAGCCACC